AUGUCAGUGGGCCUGCAGGGAGACGGCUCCUUGCAGGUGGAGAUCUCUGAUGCCGUCAGCGAGCAGAGCGGGACAAGGGGUGUGGUUCCGGUGGCUGCCGAAGGAAGCUUCAGGAGCCCGAGCAGCCUGGCUCACCUGCAUGAGGAGUUCAUCUGGCUGCACGAUGCCUACGAGGGAGGUGUAUGCAGGCCUCCCCAUCCCCCCAGCCCCUCCACAGUCAGACUCUUUGAGGCUUCAAAGGAAAAACUGCAGAAGCUGGAUGAGGAAGACCGCUCAAUCACACGGCAAGAGUUUGCCAAAAUGAAGCAGGAGCUUGAAGCAAGCCCCAGCCCAAUCUCACCUGAGAGGCCCAGGGUUUCCCUCCUGACUACCCUCUGUGAAUGUUUAGGGACCCUGCUCCUUACUCUGGGGCUGGCAGAGGGGAAGGGGCAGGAUGAUGGGAGCCAGCAAGGGAGCUGUGAGCUGCCUGCUGUCCUCCGUGGGGAAUACCUGGCUAUCUUCAAGAAGACAGUUACGAUCCAUGAAGUUCUGCAGCAACUGGCAGCUCACCCCACCUUGUGUCGAGACCACAACUUCUUUGUCUUUUUGGAAUAUAGCCAGGAUCUGACUGUCCGAGGAAAGAACAGGAAGGAGCACCUUGGGUUUCUGAGGAAUAUCAUGAAGUCUGCAGAUGAAGCCCUCAUCACUGGGAUGUCAGGGCUCAAGGAGGUGGAUGAUUUCUUUGAGCAUGAGAGGACCUUCCUGCUGGAGUACCACGCCUGCAUCCAGGACACCUAUCUGCGGGCAGACCAAGUUAUGCACUCAUGAGUGUAUGCAGAACUCCAGGGGCCCUGGAUUCCCUACCUUCUCUACCCAGUGGCAUACUCCCCAGAGAGGAAAUUUCCUGUGUCUGCCCGUGGCCACAGACACCCGUGGUGGGGCUUGAGAGGUGGGACACCCGUGGUGGGGCUUGACAGGUGGGCCAAGGGGCUCUGAUGGGAGGCUCUAUCCCAGCAAGCCUGGCAGAUGAUUACAUGCCUAUUUCAGCUGCACUGAGCAGUCUGGGAUCACAGGAAGUCAAACCAGCUAAAGACGUGGAUUCCCUCUGGCCCCUCUCCCCCCUUUCUAUGCCUGUAAUACUGUGUCUGUCCAUGAGGGGUCACUGUGUGGAAGUCUACUAUCAGCUCUAGCGGGGGUGCAGAAGCUCCUGUUUGGCUUUGAUAGAGAAAGAGAUUUCCCCUAAGGGCAGGGAGACUUUAAGCACCUGCUAAGACCCCUGCCCUAACUCCUCCCCACUGCCUAGGAGCUUCUUCAAAUUGGCAGAGCUCUUUGAACAUUAAGGGUGAGUACUGCCUUCUGUGUUGAAAGGUGAUCAUGAUUCUUUGCACAGAAGAGUGUCCUGGGCUGGGGGAAGGCUCCAGGAUCGUUUUGGGAUCUUUCAGUGAUAACUUGGGCCCGAUGAAGCCCUGGGCUCACUCUCCACACUAGUUUAGUGUGAGUGAAGUCAGGGAUCCAGCCUCAAGUGUGUGUGCAUGUGGUGAUGGGGGAGGAGGUGGGAAGUGGGUUUGGCAAGGCCUUUACCAGGAUGUGCCACGUGCCUUUGGCACUGUGCUGUGCUGCCAACAUUCUGUCCCAGACACACUUCCUGAACUCUUCGCCAAGAAAGUCACUGGAGUGUGCCAAUCUUUCUAAAAUGUCCGUUGCUCCUCAUCUCUUCCCUGCUCAGGGCCCUUCGGUGACCCUGUCCCUUCCAGGAACUGCCCAAGACACAAAGCCCAGAGUUCCUAGCUUGCAUUUUAAGCCUGGUAUGCUCUGGCCACUGCCACCCAACUGCCCUACUGAACUUAGAGUUCCCUAAAAUCAUACCUGGCUUGCACACCUGCAAAGCCUUUGCCUAUUGUCUAACCCCUACUCAACCCCUGAGAUCUAGGUCUGAGGCCAACUGCUUUGUGAAGCCUUCACUGGCCUGCUCCCGUGAACAUGAGUGCUUGACAUAGAGUGGAUAUCAGGUGACCCUGCUGGGUAUUUAGAGGACAGCAGCACCCCUGUCCUUAGCAGCCCCUCUGCCAGCUCCGUCCCCAGCUUCCACCUUCUUGCUUCAGGAGUUGGAGGGCCAAGUGGCCUCUAACGAGGACCUGAAGCUGUCAGACAUGCUGAGAUACUACGUGCGAGACUCCCAGGCAGCCAAGGCGAGAGGUGGGCCCAGAGCAAACCUCCGGGCUGGAGGCCAGGGGGCUGAGCCACCCGGG